CCUACGUUCUACUCAGGUCCCCGCAGCGCCCCUGCCCUGAAGCAUGGCUGCCAUCCCUUCCGGCGGCUCCCUCAUGGUAACCCAUGACUACUAUCAGCGACGCCUGGGCUCCUUGUCAAGCAACAGCUCCUCCGGAAGUGCCGAGUACUCGGGAGAUGCCGUGCCCCAUUCCCCAGGUCUCCCCAAGGCCAAUCCUGGCCACUGGUGGACCAGCUUCUUUUUCGGGAAGUCCACCCUUCCAUUCAUGUCCACAGUGUUGGAGUCUCCUGAGGACUCAGCAGAGUCCUCCCAGGCCCCCAGAAGUCCGAUCACCAGUGACCUGGCUCCUGAAACCAUGAAGCAGCAGCCAGUCAUCCAUCCUGGCCAGGCCAACACCAGGGCCCCAUCCUGAUCUGGCAGAAUCACCAGCCAACCCCACCUUAAGUGGUACUAGGCCAGAGUCCCACCUACCCACCCUACCCUGUAAACUAGGAAGGCUGCAGUAAGCAACAGACACCAGCAGGAGCUGGAGGGGACCCCUCUUGGGUCAUACCACUGACCCCGUAACUGUGCCUUGAACCAAGCAGAAAAUAAACAGCUAGCACCCGUCAAAAAAAAAAA